GCACCGUCUGAUACUGGUCCCUCCCAAGUGCCCUCUCUCAGACCCCUCCUGCAGUGGAGGAGGAAGGGAAGGAGUGCUCCGUACAGGUUUUUCUGGCCUCGGACCGCCGGACAACCUGCCCGACCAGCUUGUCUCCGGCUCCGUUCCUCCGGGCCCAGCGUGUGUCUGUCUGUUGGGGAGGGGGCCGGGGGCGCCUUAGGAGCCACAUGAGGAGCCGAGGCGGACUGAGCCUGCCUCCCAUGGGCGAAGACCCGGCCAGGAGCAGCCGUCACCCCCCCGCGGGAGCCGCCGUCAGAGCCUUGCCCACUAUGGCCGGGGCACGGGCCCAGGACCCUCGCCUCUUGCUGCUUCUGCUGCUCAUGGGCAGCCACGCCGGGACCGGCUUGGAUCAGAUCCUGUACACUCCCCAGAUCUCCUCCCAGGCCCUUGAAGGGAAGGUCACUUCCACCACCUUCUCCCUGGAUCAACCCAGAUGCGUCUUCACAGAGCACGCCAACUCAACAGAUGCCAUCUGGCUGGUGGUAGCUUUCAGCAACGCCACCAAGAAUUUCCAGAACCCUAAAACUGCAGCCGAGAUCCCCUCCUACACCAACCUGCCAACAAACUUUUACUACAUGACCUUGAAGCUGUCUCCUGACUUUUACCCAUGUGAGGAAAGAGACAUUGCCGUUCUCCGUGUGGGCAGUGAUACCAACUGCCUCCAAAAUCUAAGUCAGGAGUAUUGUAAUGCUCCUCUCCCGGCCCCCGGCCCUUACAGUGUGAAGUUUCUUGUGAUGGACUCCAACGGCCAGCCCAAGGCCGAGACACGGUGGUCUGACCCGAUCACUCUCAACCAAGGGCGGGCCCCCAGCAGCAUUGACACGUGGCCCGGCAGGAGGAGCGGCUGCAUGAUUGUCAUAACCUCCAUCCUGUCCGUCCUGGCUGGCCUCCUGGUGCUCGCCUUCUUCGUGGCCUCCACGGUCCAGUUCUCCAGCCUUUGGUGGCCCGAGGACCCAGCCCCUCCUGAGCAGCUCUAUGUCGGCUCCUUCAUUGGGAAACGCUACACGACCCACCACAUCCCCCCCAGCGAGACAGACACGCUGCCGGUGGCUGCCCACCUGCCCCCCAGCCCUUGCUCAGUCCCCAUCGUCUAAAGCCGCCUCGGGGGGGGGGCAGUGAGUCACCCCCUGCCCCUCCCCACUGCAUGUCAGCCUGGAUUCAAGAAGGAACCCGAGAGGCUCCAGAAGGAGGCUUCUCUUUCUUGCUGGCCCCCCUUGCCCCUUCCCAGUGGAGGCCCCCAGCCUCCGACCUCCACAGCCUGCACGUUCCUGCUUCACAUUAUCUGCCUGGAAUACUAGGGUGGGAGCCUAGGUGGGAGGAGGAGGUUCUGAAGGGGGGCAACGACCCUCGCUUCUCCCCAAAUAUCUCCCCCCGCUGGGCCCGGAAUUUCACUCUUAGAUCUUCUUUCCUUUGGCUUGGUUUCUCUCCUUUCCAGCCUGGCCUUUUGGGAUCCCAUUACUUAUGGAGAAAGGGAGAUAGUUAAGUUUUAGAAGAAGAGCUUCCCAAGGAGCCGGGAACUAGGAGCUGCUGGCUCGGAAGGGAGGAGCAGGGAGGGAAGGGUUAUCAGAGGGGCAGUCAUGGUCCGGGGAAUUUGGCUCAGGCCUGCCCAGAGCAGGAAGGGAACCGCAGGGGCACCUGGGAGCCUUGUCUGGAGCCAGUUUGAAGAAGGCUUUAGGACUGACAACAUCCCUUCCCCUCCCCUUGCAGGGCCUGUCCCCUCGGGCUCUGGGAGUUCUGGGAGACGGGGGUGAGGAAGCAUAGAGUUACCAGCCCCGGGGCGGAGGCCUGCUGUCAGCCUGACUCACGCCUCCUGCACACCUGGGAAGGAGAGGGGUAGGGGGAGGUCAGGGAGGGAGGUGGGGAGCACAGGGGUCCCAGACUUGUGGCAUCUCUGGGCUGACCCGUCAUUGGACAGAUGGGGAAACUGAGGCCCUGAGAAGUGGCUCAAGGCUGGAUAGGUAAUAAGCAUCAAAGGGGAGACUCCAGCCUCUUUUUGUGGUAUCAGCUUGAGAGCCGGGGUUUUGUUGCUUCAUUUGAAUCAAACAAUUGCUCAGGCAUCCAUUAGGCACCUCCCUUGGGCCGGGCACUGGGCCAGCCCUGGCCUAGCUGAGGAAACUGAGUUCAGACAGGUUUCAGUGACCGGCAUAAGGUCACACCUGGUGAACGCCAAGGGAAGGGCUCGAACCUUAGGCAAGAAAGCCCAGAGAGGGAAAGGAAGGGGCCGCGGCAUUUAAAAGGAAGAGCCAAACUCUUCUCUGCUGGCUGCUUGAGCCAGGGCCCAGUCUGACGCAAUACCCUGAGAACAUCGGGGACUCCUCUCCUUCUGGCAUAGACAGUGCCCAGAGCCUCACAGGGCAAGGGGAUACACCUAGUUGUGCCACGGGAUCAAUGAAUCAUCGAGGGACCUUUUAGUCCAGCCCUUGAGCUGAUUGUUGAGGAGACAGACACGAGGCUGUGACCUGCUCGGUACACAGGGAGUAGGGAGCAGAACCAAGAUUUGAAACUAGACCCUCGGGCUCCAAGGGCCUCAUCUUUCCACUGCUCCAAAAUGGCUACUGCGCUUUUAUUGUCUCAGCCUGAAGUCCAGGGAGCCAGCCUCUCUUCACUCAGUGAUAGGAGAAAUCUUUUGUACAACUCUUGAUUCAUUCGUUCAUUUAUUUGUUCAUUCAUUUUUUAUUGAGGUCCUUCCCUCUCACCCUAAGUUUCUCUCAUUUUGGUAAUAUGUUUCUAUGUAUUAUAUAAAAUAGGCACUUAAUAAAUGCAUAUUGUUCCUUCCUUCCUUCCUCCCUCCCUCCCUUCCUUUUUUCCUUCCUUCCUUCCUCCCUCCCUCCCUUCCUUUUUUCCUUCCUUCCUUCCUUCCUUCCUUCCUUCCUUCCUUCCUUCCUUCCUUCCUUCCUCCCUCCCUCCCUCCCUUCUUCUCUUCCUUCCUUCCUUCUUUCCUUCCCUCCCUCCUUCCUUCCCAGACUCUUCCUGUCCAAGUGUACUCCGACACUCUGAUACCAAUAUCUCUCUUGUUUCUGCCUCCAUUACCUGUGACUCAGAUGCCCUCCAUGGCACUCUACCUCUAAUGCCCCAGCCAACCUUCUAAGACUAUAAAUCACAGAACAGUUGCUGAUCUGCAUUGGUAGAGGGAGUUUCCCUAAUGGAAGCAUCUCCUAUCAGUGCAAUUCCAGGUCUGGUAAAAAUAUAUCAAUAACCAAUUUUUUUUUUGGUCUGGAUGAAGAAAUAACAGUUGUUGCUGUUCCCCAAAUCACAGCCUCCUUGCUGCCCUGCCUUGUUAGCUUUUUCCCAGUUGAAGAAAGAAGAGCAGGGGAGGGAUCUCUGAGCUUAUCAGCUAAAGCCAGGAGAUGGAAAAGGGAGUCUUUCUUGUGAAGCUCAUGCCCAGGAGACUCUGAGGCUGACAAUAUUCCUAUCGAGGCUCCUCAGGAUCAGUUCUUUCUUUCGCCUAUCCUACCACCCCCAGCCCCCGAUGGCCCUGAGCCAACCUGGUUUGUGCCAGAUGAUGCAGAUGCCUGAGGGCAUCGAGCCCCCGACCCCUGUGAGUCAUGUGUUCCCCCCACAAGGCCUCAGCCCAUCCUCGGAUUUCCGCUUAUUUUCCAGAUGCCCAUUGGAAGCCCUGGCUAGCCAGGGCCCCCAGAAUACUGCAGCUGUUGAUGGCUCCAGGAGGAAAUGCUUUGGAUAAUGCUCAUUUCUGCUGCCUCCACCCAGGAUCCAAAGUGGGGUCCUCCUCUUUUCCCUGCAUCCCCCAGUCUCCACCCUGGGCCCUCCUCCGAGUGAAUCAGCAGCACCUCGGUGCCCGACCAAAACUUUAAUGCCCACACUGAGGUCACCGCCCCCCCCCAAAUACCUACUGCCUCUGUUUGUAGUGGGUGCCUUCAUCCUCCCAUCCUAGCUCCAGACCCAGAGCUCUCUCCUUCACCUUCCCUAUCUAAUCCCGUUAGUUAAGCCCUAUUGAUGGGACCUCUGGAUACUCUUCCCAUUUCCACUCCCAGAUGGACAGAUGGACGGGAUGUUAGAGUGAACAGGGCGCUGGAUUGGGAGUCAGGAAGAACUGAAUUAAAAUCUUGCCUCAAA